AUGAAUUUUCACACCAUGUUCUCGCCAGAACCGCAACCUGUGGUGCCGGCUUUUUGGGAAACCGAUGGCUCUCUCACGCGUGUUAGCUCUGACCACUUCAUUCCCACUUUCAAAUCGUCAGAGGAAGUAUUGAACGACGACGUGGAGUCCUGGACCCAGGACUCGUCGUCGCUCAUCGGCGGCGGACUCGAGUACCCGCAGUUUCCCUACACCGAUCCGGUUGCCGAGGUGCAGGCCCCAGAAUACCACUACCACCACUACCACCACCAUGGCUACGAGGAGCGACAGCAACACCCCCACCAGCAGCAGCAGCAGCAGCAGCAGCAGCAGCAGCAUUACUACACUCUCCCUACAACGCCGCCGGCGCAGCCCGCGCAGCCGUCGGCUUUACUCAAACGGAACUGGUCAGCGGAAGACGUAGCAGUAGUAAAAGCGGUUCAGCCGCGGAACCGUCGUCCGCGACUGCGGUCCUCGGUGUCAUCCUCGCCGUCCGGAGUGACACACUUCUCUGCGGUUACCAUGGUCGUCAAGGAACCCACCACAACGGACGACAAGCACAAAUACAGGUGCCACGAGUGCGGCAAGUGUUUCCAUCGGCCCUCAUCGCUAGCCACCCACAGCAACAUUCACACGGGCGACAAGCCGUAUGUGUGUCCGUAUCCGAAAUGCGGUCGCCAAUUCAACGCGCGUUCCAACAUGGUCCGCCACGCCAAGCUGCAUUUCCGGCCGACGCCGAGCACACACCCGAGUCCCAGUGCCGUCACUGUCGAGAAUGCUGGCCAUUCCAGGGUGGCUGCGUAA